AUGCGUCUGGCUAAGUUCCUUGCUCUACUCCCUCUUGCCGCUGGCGCUCCUAGCCUCGCUAGACGAGAGGAGCCUGCUCCCCUUUUGGAGGCUCGCGGUGCUCAGGCAAUUCCUGGAAAAUUCAUUGUCAAGCUGCGAGAAGGCAGUCCACUUGCUGCUCUACAGCAGGCCAUGUCGCUCUUGGGCGGCAAAGCAGACCACGUCUUCCAGAACGUCUUUUCUGGUUUCGCUGCAUCCAUGAAUCCAGCCGUCAUUGAGUUGAUGCGCAACCAUCCUGAUGUCGAGUAUAUCGAACAGGAUGGCAAGGUGAACAUCAACGCUUACACCACGCAGACCGGAGCUCCAUGGGGACUUGGUCGAAUUUCUCACAGGGCAAAGGGUAGCACUUCCUACACCUAUGACACUUCAGCUGGCGAGGGAACCUGUGUCUAUGUCAUCGAUACUGGUGUGGAGGACACCCAUCCUGAAUUUGAAGGCCGUGCCAAGCUCAUCAAGACCUAUUACGGCAACAGGGAUGGCCAUGGCCAUGGCACUCACUGCUCUGGAACCAUUGGCUCCAAGACCUAUGGCGUUGCCAAAAAGACCAAGAUUUACGGUGUCAAGGUGUUGGACGAUAAUGGAUCGGGAACCUUCUCCAACAUCAUUGCUGGCGUGGACUUUGUUGCCAACGACUACAAGACCCGCGGCUGCCCCAAGGGUGCUGUAGCAUCCAUGUCUCUUGGUGGUGGUAAGACACAGGCAGUCAACGAUGCUGUUGCACGUCUCCAGCGAGCUGGUGUUUUUGUUGCUGUCGCCGCUGGAAACGACAACACCGAUGCCGCCAACACGUCUCCAGCCUCGGAGCCAUCUGUCUGCACCGUUGGUGCUAGCGACAAGGACGAUGUGCGAUCUACCUUUUCCAACUAUGGAUCUGUUGUAGACAUCUUCGCGCCAGGCACUGCUAUCCUGUCUACUUGGAUCGGCGGCCGCACUAACACCAUCUCCGGUACAUCCAUGGCCACUCCCCAUAUUGCUGGUCUGGCUGCCUAUCUCAUGGGCAAGGACGGAGCUGUUGCCGCUGGUUUGUGUGCCAAGAUUGCGCAAACUGCCACUAGAAAUGUUCUCCGCAACAUCCCCGCAGGCACCAUCAAUGCCCUUGCAUUCAAUGGUAACCCUAGCGGGUAA